ACAGAAAUCAGCUAGGGCUAAAAAUAAGAAAUUCCAUUUUAAGACACACCAGUACCACACCAACACUGCCCCCCUGACUUUUCGAUUAAUCUUUACCGUUUCAGAUCCCAUAAAAAAAUAUCUUUCAAUCGGAAUCUUUGUUUGUAACCCCAUUUCAAACAUCUCUCGGGUCAAACCAUAUGGCUAAGACAAGUAGACCCACCAAACGAGACUUGGAUUCUUACACAAUCAAGGGUACUAAUAAAGUUGUCAAAGUUGGGGAUUCUGUGUUGAUGAGAUCUGCGGAGAACGAGAAAGCCCCAUAUGUGGCUCGUAUAGAAAGUAUUGAGGCUGAUGUAAAGGGUAACGUGAAGGUUCGUUGUAGAUGGUACUAUCGCCCAGAAGAAUCAAUGGGAGGAAGAAGACAGUUUCAUGGAAUAAAAGAGCUCUUCUUGUCUGACCACUAUGAUAUUCAAAGUGCUCAUACAAUUGAAGAUAAGUGUAUUGUUCACACAUUUAAGAAUUACACCAAGCUUGAGGAUGUUGGAAUAGAGGACUACUUUUGCCGAUUUGAGUACAAGGCUUCCACUGGUGGGUUCACACCUGACCGUGUUGCAGUGUAUUGUAAAUGUGAGAUGCCAUAUAAUCCUGAUGACUUGAUGGUCCAGUGUGAAGCUUGCAAAGACUGGUAUCAUCCUGCUUGUUUGAAUAUGACUAUCGAUCAGGCAAAGCAACUAGAUAGCUUUACAUGUUCCGAUUGCACAUCCUUGGAUGGUAAAAGACCUCACAACAAAACUUCUGCAUCCACUUUGGCCAAUGGCAAGACGGAACAAAAGCGCCAAAAGAAGUGAUCUCAGUUGGGUGUGGUUGCAGAGGCUCGGUCCUUGUGUUCUGGCUUGUGGGUGUUGUACAGUACAUAUAAUCUUACUAAUGCCCCUGCUUGAGAAGUUGUAGUUUAAAGUGUAUUUAAGUGUCUUCUUUGUACUCUUAGAAAUUCUGUUACAAAUUUGAUUGUUCGGUUGUCCAGUUCUGUUGGAUCCUCGGUGAAGUCUGGUUUUAUUGACUGUAACCCUUGGUGUGUGUGUGCCUUGUUUACCAUCGCACUUGCCCAGGUUUUGUAGCAAUUGGGUCAAGGUCAAGCUUGUCUUGACAUGGUUAGGUUUUGCUGACCAUGGGCACUGGCUGAUGGUGUUGAUUCCGGUCAUGUACUAGGCAAACAUUUGGGAUGCUUUUAAUUCAAUAAAAUCAUCUUCCUUUAAUUUAUUAUA